UGGUGCCUUGACAAGGAAGUAAAUAGUUUGACAAAAGUAGGAUUAGAGCGUUAGAUCGGUCAGAUUCAUACUUGUUUUAUAAACAACCACAAUGAUGAUUGUUGUGGGGAUUGUUGUUGUGGCUUUGGCCAUAUUUCUAUUAAAAUAUGUCUUCAGCAGCUCUGGGCCCAAUCCUUUCGAGAUAGAUACUCGAGAAUCGUUGAAGAAGAGGGUUUAUGACAAGAAAGAGAAAAAGAAAGUGCUGAAACAAGGUUUCAUGGCCAGUAAAGUACCUGACAACAUAGAUGCCAUUGUCAUUGGCAGUGGGAUUGGUGGGCUUGGACUCGCAGUGUUGCUGGCCAAAGUUGGAAAGAAAGUCCUGGUUCUGGAGCAGCAUGAUCGGGCCGGAGGAUGCUGCCACACGUUCACUGAGAAAGGCUUUGAGUUUGAUGUUGGAAUCCACUACGUGGGGAACCUGCAGGAUCAUGAGCCGUUCCGCUGCAUGUUAGAUCAGAUGACUAAUGGACAGCUGCAGUGGGAACCUCUGGAGAAUCCGUUUGACCAUGUAGUUCUUGGACCUCCAGAAAACCGCCGCCAUUACCCCAUCUACAGCGGCAGGACCCGCUUUGCCGAGGAGCUGAAUAAGUGUUUCCCUGGAGAGGAGAAGGCCAUUGAUGAGUACAUUAAACUGGCUGUGAAAACUGCAUGUGGCAUUUGGUUCCUCGCUCUAUUGAAGCUCUGCCCUGUCACCAUAGCCAAGUUCCUGAUCUAUACUGGUCUAGUCAAACAUCUGUCCUCCUUUUUUCACAUGGCGCCCCGCAGUGUGAAAGAAGUGGUCACUCAGCUAACAGAGAACAAGGACCUCCAGGCUGUCUUCACCUACAUUUUUGGCACCUACGGUAACAUACCAAAAGAUGGCAGUUUUGCUAUGCACAGCUUGUUAGUCAAUCACUACCUAAAUGGGGCCUGGUACCCUAAAGGUGGAGCCAGUGAAAUUGCCUACCAUAUGAUUCCCAUUAUUGAGAAAGCUGGUGGUGCUGUUCUAGUUCGAGCCCCAGUCCACCGUAUCUUGUUCAAUGAGGCCAAGGAAGCUUAUGGGGUGAGUGUCAUGAAAGGUCAGGAGGAAAUACAAAUCCGUGCACCUAUGGUCAUUUCUGAUGCUGGUAUCUUCAACACCUACCAGAAGCUGCUGCCUAAAGACCUCCAGGCCACGCCAGCCAUCCAGAAGCAGCUAAGUAUGAUGAAGAGAGGUGAAGGCUGUCUGAGUGCUUUUCUCGGUCUGACUGGAACCAAGGAGGAGCUGGGCCUGAAGGCAGACAACUACUGGAUCUUUGCCGAGAACAAUUUUGAGGAAUUGAUGGAGAACUAUAUGAAUGGAAAGAGAGAAGAGUCUGCCAAAAACAUCCCUUUUCUGUUUGUCGCCUCUCCAUCAGCUAAAGAUUCUACAUGGGCAGAAAGAUCACCAGGCAAGUCCACCAUAAGUGUGGUCAGCUUUGCUAAGUACGAGUGGUUUGAGGAGUGGAAGGACGAAAAAGUGACAAACAGAGGGGCGGACUACAAAGAGCUGAAACAGGCUUUCAUUGACUCGAUUCUGGAGGUGAUUAUGGAUGUCUUCCCUAAGAUAACCAGAGACAAGAUUGAGUACAUUGAUGCUGGAACCCCCAUCACAAAUGCAUACUACCUUGGAGCAGCCAAAGGUGAAAUCUACGGAGCAGAUCAUUGCAUUUCCCGGUUCAGCCCUGAACUCAGUGCUACAGUGAGACCUCAGACUCCACUGAAGAACCUCUAUCUGACAGGUCAGGAUGUGUUUCUGUGUGGCUUCGCCGGUGCUCUCGCUGGAGCUCUCACCUGUGGCUCAGCCAUACUCAACCGCAGCCUCUUUCUAGAUGGUGUUGCCCUGGCAAAGAAGUCAAAAUUGAUUAAUGGCAAACCGAAAGGGGAGUAACAGUCUGACAACAUUCAGCUGAGUGGCUGCUAUAUAGUGUAAUUAAUCAAUCUAAAUCCCUGCAGUUGAUAUUAAAGGGUACAAAAAUAAUUUGGAUGCUCUUUGAUCUCUGGCAUCCUGUGUAUAUUGUUCACCAUUUUUCCUCAGUAUGCAAUAAAUAAUAUCUGUUGAUUCACCCUUUUUCUGCAACAUGGUAACUUGUAAUGAUUAGUCACUGUUUACAAGUGGUUUAACUUUAAAAGCUUAUAUCUCAAUACAUAAAUCACUAUUGCUUUGAGAGUUGUUACAACGGUGUAAAC